AUGGGAAUUCGCAAAGAAGCCACUGUUGAAGAAGCUGUUUUUAAUCCUCGAGGUAGAAGAAGACAUCGGGUGGGGUUGCUAAAUGAGAUUGAGGAGGAGUUAAGAAGCAUGAGAGACAUUCAUAGUGAAGAGUUGGAUGAUGUGAGUCAGCGGAGAAGAGAAUCAGGAUAUAAUAGAUCUUUCUCAACAUCUGAAACAUGGAGAUUAGUUCGUGAGGGGAAGGCGAAAUGUGAAUGGACUCGAGGAGUUUGGUUCUCUCGGGCAACACCUAAGUAUGCGUUCAUGGCUUGGCUGGCAAACUUAAACAGACUAUCUACGAUGGAUAGAAUUGCUCAGUGGAACCCAGGGGUGGAUGAGACAUGUGUAUUAUGUAAGAGUGCUUGCGUAAGCAGAGACCAUUUGUUCUUUGAGUGUUCUUAUUCAGGGCAGAUCUGGGAGAGUCUUGCUAAUGGGAUUAUGGGUAACUUGUUCUCAAAUUCUUGGUCUGUGAUCAUGAAUAGAAUCGCUACUGGAGGGAAUCUUGGGAAGAUGAAGCUAUUCUGUCUUCGGUAUGCUUUUCAAACUGCAUUAUACACAAUAUGGAGAGAGAGGAACAAAGUGAAACAUGAUGAGAAGCUGAUCCCAGUGAAUGUUUUGAAGAAGCUGGUUGAUAAGAAUGUGAGAAACAAGCUCAGUCUGUUAAGAUCUAAGUGUGUGAAGGGAAUGGAGGGCUCUUUACAAGUUUGGUUUGGUACUCGUAUGUAA